AUGCAUUUCGCUAUACCCCUUGAGUAUCAGUCGGAACUAGAGGCAACUGAACCGGUUGACGUUGGAACCGACGAAGAGAUUAUCUCCUCUAUAGAGCAGUACAGGCCUGUAACUUCCGAAAAGAACAUCUGGGCUUUUUGGGAUUCAGGUAUACUUUCUAUGCCCUCCUGGUGCAAGCGAAAUGUCAUCGGCUGGGCGCGCAUUUGCGGGGCCGAUUGGACUAUUCGAGUGCUUGACAUGAAACCCAAUUCUCCCAAUCACGUCUUGAAGUUUAUUGAUAGGGACAUGUUGCCUGAGGCGUUCCUGAGCGGAACCAUGGAUGGUCACCAUACCGGGCAACAUUCUGCUGAUUUCAUCCGAGGUCCGCUUCUUCACCACUACGGGGGUGUAAGUAUGGACGUUGGGUGCCUUUUGAUUAGGCACAUCGAUCGCAUUUGCUGGGACUUGCUUGCAGAUCCAGAUUCGCCGUACGAGAUCGCGGUGCCGGUUCUGUAUGACCAGACGAUCGCGAAUCACUUCAUUGCCGCUCGGAAGAACAACAUCUUCAUAGAGAAAUGGCACCAGCUCUUCCUGCACUUGUGGAAUGGUCGAACCCACCAGCAGGGUAUCAGCGACAGUCCCCUGCUGGGUUUCAUCAAGGAUAUACGCUAUGAUGACGCCACGGACUUUCACUGGGACUGGAGUGUGCCGGUGCCUCAAUUUCUAGAGUACAUUGCCCAGGUUUUGUGCUGGCAACGCUUGUGCUUGAUUCGCGACACGGGAGAUGGCUUCAAAAGCUCUGAAUACUGGCAGCGUAAUGUUCUCUGUAUUGACUCGCUCAACGAGGUCUGGGGCGGCGAGAAAACCUUGGGCUUCGAUGGCAUUGGUCCUCGAAUGUACAAUCUCUUGACUACUCGCCUUGAUGCUGACCCGGAUUCGACAGCCUACAAGGAUGCGUACAAGCUCGUAUGGCGAUUAUUGACAAGAUCAAGCUUUCAGAAGGUUACACGGGCGAAGAAUCUGACUUACACACCACAUCUCGGAACGUUGUGGGACCAGAACGAGGGAAAAGAUUGUAUUCCUGGAUCAUUUGGAGAGCUGCUACGGUACGGGCCGGUGCACUUCCGCCAGAAGCGUGAGAACAUCGAGCAAUUGGAGGCUAGUGAGCCCAGAACUCUCAUAGAGAAAGGGCUCUUGGAGGUCUAG